AUGAAUUGUAAUUUUGUAACAUUUUUUUUUAUUUCUGUUAUUUUGCUCUUCGACGUUCAACUCUGUCGGUGUGCCGAAAAGGGCUCAACGCCAUCUCAGAGACAAAGUCUUGCCUUGCCCAGAGUCAGCUGCUCUCAGAGGGGAAUAAAAGCUGUGUUUGGCUCCAAGGUCAACAGUCCUAUUCGUGUAAGAGACAAAACGGGGGCAACACUCGCGGUGCCUCAGUCCGAGAACUCGUGUGGAGUGAAAAUGGGCAGACAGAACAACCAGAGCCUCUUCUUCUUCAGCAAGUAUGACAGCUGCUACACUCAAGUGAAGGGCAGUAAAGUCGUCAUCCCGCUGCAAGUCCAGCUGGCAGGAGAGGUUGGUUGGUUCAGGGUAAACAUCAGCUGUCCUCUGACAGUAAGACCCAGGGAGUGGAUGGCACUCUCACCAACAAAAUUCCAUGGAAAGUGUGCCAUUCCCAAAGACCUCAGAGUGAAAUGUGGCCAAGAAAGAAUGUCUCCAGAUUCCUGCUCCGAUCAGGGAUGUUGCCACGAUGCCACAGAUUCAGUAUGCUACUACAGACUCAACUCCUGCUCUCUGGAUGGACACUUUGUGUUCGCUGUAAAAACCACCGAGACGGACCCGCUUACGCAUCCGACGAGCCUCGCAGUCAAGGAUCAGCCGCGCUGCGUCCCUUUGAUCACCACCUCAGACACUGCCGUCUUUAAGAUUCCCAUCACGGCCUGUGGGGUUAAAACAAAGGUCAAUGGAGAUGUCGUCGUCUAUGAGUUAGAGGUGGAGGAGCUCCUUGAUCCAAAUAGACCAAACCACUCUUCAUUUAGUCUCCAGGUUGAGUGUGAAUAUGAAGCAUCCGCUGCAAGGCGUGCAGUAAAUCUACGUUCCAUGUACGCAGUGACCAACCCGCCGCCUGUGGUUGCUCUGGGAACCAUCAAAGUGCAGAUGAGGAUAGCCACAGAUGCAUCCUUUACAUGUUACUUUCCUGAGGACCAACUUCCACUGACGUUGCCAUUACGUGAAACGGUGUAUGUGGAAAUCUCCAUCGCCCAACCAUCACCAGAUCCCACACUUUCCCUGCAUGUAAGGGAUUGCUUCGCCUACCCGACAUCUCGACACUCUGUGUGGAUGCUUCUCAACGACGGAUGUCCUAACCACCUGGAUGACUCCAGAAGUUCGAUCCCUGUGGACGGCCAGGGCAAAACGUAUUCCCAUUCCCAAGUCAGGAGAUUUGAUGUCAAGACCUUUGCCUUUGUGAAAAAAGGCCAGCCAAGUGUAGAGGAAAUAUACUUCUAUUGUUGGGUGGAAAUCUGCACAGAGGAUGUUGACUGUGAACAACGCUGUGCCAUUUCAUCUGAUGGUGAGAGACAGAAAAGAGGGGCUUCAUCUGAAACGCAUCCCACCCAGCUGGUCUCUUUAGGUCCUUUAAUGCUGCAUCAGAAUAACACACAAAUUGAGGAUGAUCCAUGUGUUCAGCAGAACAAGAUGUAUAAAGCCACAAUAUUUAUUGUCUCUGGCAUCGGCGCAACGACAACGCUGCUGCUGCUGGUGGUAUUGUGUCUGAGCAACAGGAUGUGUCACAAGCAAAAGGCAACACGAGCCUCUGAUGCCGGAGUCGAAGAUGCAAUAUCAUAA